AUUUCAAGGUGAAGCGAUGAUUGAUUGCAUUGUGACUUGACAUCGACAACUGCUACGACUUUGGCGCAACCUUGCACAUUACAGCUCAACAUGGCUCUCCUCGUUGAUAAGCACCGUCCGCGCACACUAGACACCCUCACAUACCAUCCUGAACUUGCCGACCGAUUACGCUCGCUUGCUGCCAGCGGCGACUUUCCCCAUCUCCUCAUCUAUGGCCCUUCUGGCGCAGGCAAGAAAACGAGAAUUACUGCAACACUGCGCGCGUUAUAUGGCCCCGGCGUUGAGAAGAUCAAGAUCGACAGCCGUGUUUUUCAAACCACCAGCAAUCGAAAGCUCGAAUUCAACAUUGUGUCAUCGAACUACCACCUGGAGAUAACGCCUUCCGAUGUGGGAAACUAUGAUCGCGUUGUGGUACAGGAUCUGUUGAAGGAGGUGGCUCAGACUCAACAGGUCGAUCUGGCAGCCAAGCAACGAUUCAAAGUCGUUGUCAUCAAUGAAGCCGACCAUCUGACUCGCGAUGCGCAAGCUGCCCUCCGCCGAACCAUGGAAAAGUACAGUCCCAACCUCCGCUUGAUUUUGUUGGCCAACAGUACGAGCAACAUCAUCGCUCCUAUUCGAUCACGAUGUCUCCUCGUGAGAGUAGCGGCGCCUUCCGAAGAAGAAAUUGCAACAGUACUGGCAAAAGUACGGAAAGAGGAAAGAUAUCCAGCGUGUGAGGCAUUGGAGCGGAGGGUAGCACAUGAAAGCCAGAGAAACCUUCGCAGAGCUCUACUCAUGUUUGAGGCAGUGCAUGCUCAGAAUGAGAGUGUGAACGAGAAGACGCCAAUCCCACCGCCAGAUUGGGAAGCUCUCAUCGAGGUCAUUGCAAAAGAAAUAAUUGACGAAAGAUCACCAGCGCGGAUCUUACAGGUUCGAGCGAAGCUCUACGACUUGCUUACCCACUGCAUACCGGCAACAACAAUCUUGAAGACUCUUACAUUCAAGCUUAUGCCAAAGUUGGACGACAGCCUCAAAACCGAAGUCGUCAAAUGGAGUGCUUUCUACGAGCACCGGAUACGGACCGGCAGUAAAGUCAUCUUCCAUCUCGAAGCCUUCGUAGCCAAAUUUAUGAGGAUAUACGAAGGUCAUCUGAUGGGCAUGGACCUGGAUUUUGAUGAUUAAAAAACAUGGAUGGGAUCAUGUCGGUCGCGUCUCAAUCGUUGGGUGUUCCCGAGCUCUGUGACGUGUGUGCGAUUUCUCUUUGAUUGUUUCUCGGUCUAAGCGCGGCGUUACUUUCAAGAUUGGCUGGGAAUUAGAAGUGAUUAUACUUGAGCGCAUGAAAUAGGAUGAUGCUUGGUCGCAUCAAGGGGUCGCACAAGAUGUGCAGUUAUGACGCUCAUCGUACCAAUAAAUGUGAAUCGUAACUCCCGAAUUUCUUUGUCGCAUGCAAACAACACCAACGCCGACCAAAGCCUUCACUGUAUCUACCUGCAUACCUUUGACGCCCAGCAGUUUGAGCAUUCGAAGGAUACUAUUGACAGACCAAUCGACGAUACAAAUAUGUCCACUAACCUCAUGGACACCGAGCCUGGUGGU